AUGGAUAAUUCCCCAAAGGGGAACUUCAUCUUCUUUCAAAAGAAUAAAAGUAAUGAUAAUCAACUGAGCCAUAAAAUUGAAGACACCAUGUAUGCCAAAGGAGAGGACAAGAAAAGUGGGAACAGGGGCGGCACAGACAGCAAAGGUGUAUCACCUGUGCUAAAGUAUCAAGGGGUUAACCUUUACAUGAAUAUUCCACCGAGUAUGCUAGAUAAGAACAUAAGCACAGGCAAAAAAUAUGAUAGUGUGGCUGGAGCCUUGGUGGGCUCUUCCCCUAUGGGUGAAAAAACUCCCGACCAUGUGCAGAGCAUUUUUGCCGAACGGAGCGUCGAUAUGAAGAACAUACCCGGAAUGCAGGAGAAGGAGACCCCGGGUGGGAUAAGUAGUUAUGCGGUUAAGAACUACAAGGUUAGCGGUCACGGGAUGAACAUCCACGCGGAAAGCUCAAAAGAACCCCCUAAAAACACACAGCAGUUUAAGCCCAAAUUUAACAAAAAUAAAAAAAACCAAGCCAAGGACGACAGCAACAUGAACAACAUGGCGAAAGAUAUCAAAAUUCGAAAAAGCAAUAUAUUAGAGUUGAACAAGUUGCUAAAGGAGAAUUUGAGGAUAGAGGAAAAUUUAAAGAAAAAAAAAAAAGCCAAAGGAAAUAAGGACGACGAUGAAGACGACAACGACGAUGAGGACGAUGAGCAGUAUGACCAGGACUACUACCAGAUGUGGGGGGAUAACGCCAGCAGGUACGCUCUUCGACAAAAUGCUCGCGAUAAGGUAACAGCAGGAGAACACCACGGACAUAUACCGAAGAACCUGAGUAGCCAAGAGGAAGGCUCUGUGGAAGACAAGAGAGACAACGGAAAGGACAAAAAGGAAAAGGCGAAGAGAAAAAACAAGGAAAAGAACAAAGACAAUAAAGGGAAGGGGAAAAAUGACGAGCGCGAAAGGGAAAAGGAUAAGUUAAUUUCUAAGGGAAAAGUGAAGGAGCUUGACUCCAACGAGCAAGGGGACGGCGACAAGAAGAAGGAGCACCUUCCGAUCAGCAACCAAAAUAACAUCCUGAAUAGCAACAUGAAUAUAAUCAUCAACAACAACGCUAAUAGCAAUCCAAGUAACGCCCCAAGCAGCAACAUUAAUGUAAUGCUGGGUAGCGGCUUGAAUAGCGGAUUGAAUAGUGGUCCGAAUAUCAUGCUCAAUGUGGACAACAAAAACACAGGAAAGAAUAAAAAGUCCAAGAACAAGAAGGGGGAUCAGCACCAAGACAAGAAAAACGAGUCGCCGCAAAAUCGAAAAAACGAAACUGGCCAGAACAAGAAGAACGACUCGCCACAAAACAAGAAAAAUGAUUCUGCACAAAACAAAAAAAAUGAAAUGAUGCAAAAUAAGAAAAUGGAUUCCCCGCAAAACAGGAAGAACGAUCAGGAGGGAAACAAAAAAAUGGAGUCUCCACAAAAUAGAAAGAAUGAUCUAGGACAGAAUAGAAAGAACGAAUCAGGGCAGAACAAAAAAAACGAUUCGCCACAAAACAAAAAAAAUGAUUCUCCUCAAAACAGGAAAAACAAAAGGGAAGAGUUUAUCACAGGUGCUAAUGCAAACUGCCUGCUGGGACAAGGAGAUGGGAAAAUGAUCAAAAAUGAGUUACUCAUGGAAAGUAGUGUGAUUGGAAAGAAUAAAAAUAUGGAGAGCUCGAUGAAUUUGCCAUCACACUACAGUUACUAUUACAGCAAUAACAAUAGUGAUAUCCCCAUCAUGAACAACUCCAGACGGGGGGCAUUCAAUAAAGUCCAAAUGGAUCUCUACUGUGAAAAUAGUGGGAACUACAUGAUGGACUCCAGUGACAACAAAAGUUUCAACUAUAAGAAGGAGCCUCGAAAUGAUAUGUUCAAGUUGGGCAAUAACAACGUUGGCAGCGCUAGUGGCCACGGCAGCGACUCCGGUCCUGUUGGAAGUGCAGGGAACCAUGGCAACCUUGGGGGACUAUCCCUCAGCGGAAAAUUGAACAUGAGUAAAAAUUUCCAAAAAUCGCACGAAAUGGCGAACUAUCAUUUUCAGGAUUUAAGCAGCACGUAUGACAAGUAUAAGGGCUCCUUGGACCCCAGCUCCAUGUCUGAAUUUCUUGACCAAGAGACGGGCAAGAGAUAUAUCCACAACAAAGGAUGGAGCAGCCACAGUGAGGUAAAAAAUGUCAAAGACAACAACGUCGUGAACAUAAAAAAUACUAAUGUUAUUGGCACCAACAGAAACAAUCAUAUGAACCCUAAUCUGAGCAGUAAGGAUAAUCGGCUCGGCAUUACCAAAGGGAGCGAUAAGAGAACGCCUAGCAAUAUUAUACACCCCAAUACCAGUCAUGUAGGGAAAAAAUACACGAGUAACAAAAAUGUGCAAGGCUUUAGUAACAAAAUGAACUUCUCCAGCGAUGGAAUCGAUGUAGGCAUCAGCUCCAAGAUGAAUAUUUUUAACAACGCAGGUGAUAUUGGGCGAAAUGCUCUAGGUGGAAGCAAUUCGGGGGGGAAUAAUAUGUGUGCCUACCAUAUGGUUAGCCACCACGUUGGGAGUAAUCAUCUUGGAAGCAAUAACAUCGUGAGUAACCAUCUAGGAAGCAAUAACAUAGGGAGCAAUCACCUAGGGAGCUAUAACAUCCCCAGCAACGUAAGCAGCAGCAACUUGGGUAGUAGCAACAGCGUGGGCAACGUACUGAAGGAUGAAAGCCACCUAUUGGGGAGCAGAGGAUCAUACAACAACAUGCUGAGCAACAGCGGCAUGAACCCUAUGUUGAACGGAGAAAAUAAUAAUUUGCUCAACAACAACUAUGCGAAUGUUGCCAACGUCCUAAACAGCAAUAAUGGCAUGGUUGCCAAUGGGAACAAGGUGUACAACACUGGGGGUGGUGAGGGGAACCUUAACGAGAGCAUGAAUAAUGUAGGAAACUUAAACGGAACCACCUUCCAAACGAACAAAUCCAACUCUAGCGUAAAUAAUAGAGUAAACAGUAGCAAGAAUCACAUGGGUGACUUAGUGAGUGGACAAAACUGUGUGAGCAAUGUGUUACUAUACGAUAGUGCAAGUGUUAUGUAUAAUGGAAAGGUUGGAAGCAUGAAUGGCUAUUCAAGGCAUAACAUAGCGCACUUUUCCGGACAGACCUUGGACAACUACACAAACCAGAGCGUGGAUAAUUAUGCCAACCAGAAUCUGGAUAAUUACGCAAACCAAGGCGUGGACCAUUAUGUGAACCCUAACAUGGACAACUAUCUGAGCCCCAACAUAGACAACUACCGGAGUUCGCAUUUGGAGAAUUAUGGCAGCUCCGUCAUGGAAAAUUACAUAAACCCAAUUAUGCAUAACUACGCGAACCCAGCCAUGGAUGGAUAUGCCAACUCGCGCAUGGAUAACUAUGAAAACCCGAGCGUGGACAACUACGCCAGCCCAAACACGGACAGCUAUGUGAACCCUAACGGGGAUAAUUAUGCUAACCCUAACGUGGACAGUUACGCGAAUCCGAAUGUGGACAACUAUCCAAACCAAACCAUGGACAACUACGCGAACGUUGACAGCUACGCGGGACCCCACAUGGAUGGUUACACCAGCCCUCACAUGGACAACUUUGUCAAUCCGCUCAUGGACAGCUACAUGAACCCUAACAUGGACAGUUUUGCUAAUCAGAAUCUGGACAACUACGGUGGCCAGAACAUGGGCAGUUUUGCCACCCCUAAUGUAGAAAACUUUGCUGCCUCCAGUGUGGACAAUUUCGCUUCUCCCAAUGGGGAGAGUUUGCCCCCACAGAACGUGGAGAACUUUGUCGGGCCCAACGGAGAGUCCUACCCGCAUGGGUACUUGAACAACCUUCCUAUGAAUUACAUAAACGGAGGAAUGACAUCGGCACUGAGCAACAGCAGAGGUACAUCUUCUAUAAACAACAUUACUCAAUACUCGAACGAGCUUAACAACACAUCUUCGAACAUGAUGAACAAUCUGGUAGGUAAGAAGAAUAACUUGGUACUGAGUGGCAUGAACAACACAGUGAGCAGCUCCAAGGGAAACUUCGGCAUGAAUUACAUCAAUGAUACGUUUAAGAAAGCGUCCAAUUUGUUUUUAAAAACUGUUAUGAGGAGGGUGGGAAGAAACGCCAGUGGAAAUAAAGUAAAAAGAAACAAAAAUAAAGAGUUGCUAGAAACCAAAGGUGGAAAGUACGAAUUGACAUCACCAUCGAAUGAAGGCAAUGGAAGUGGCAUUAUGCACGAUAGAGGGGGCCUCAACUAUGUACUAGAGGACCCUCCUCCAGGAAGAGCCAAAUAUGGACAUAAUGGGAAAAUGGCAGAACGGAUCAGCGUUAACGAUCCUGCGAGUGCAUUGACAACUGCCAUCGCAACUGCUAUCGCAACGUCCACCAGUGGGGUAGGCACUAGUGUCCAACAUAUGAAAUGCCUAGAAAAAUACGAUACCAUAAAAAAGAAAGUAAAGAAGGAAAAAAGGACCCACGUGAAGAACAUUAAAAUAAAUAUAAACAAAAUUAACCUCUUCGAAAAUAAAAAGAAAAAAUAUUUGGCGGAAAUUAUCAGAUGCGAACUUAUAUGGGGACCCACGAAAAAUAAAGAACCCAUAACUCCAGUGGAGAAUUGUGAAUUACACCCUGUUGUUAUAAUAAAAGAUCAGUAUGGACAUCUGUACGAUGAUGAUGAAGACAAUGAGAACAAUCCCAUAGGCAAAACUGUUAAUAUUUUGUACAGAUGGAGUAGAGGACCUCCUCGAACCGUUUGCUUCUUCCACCCACAAAAAAUUGCUUGCUUACAAUGCACCGUCACAUUUAGAUGCUUCUGUUCCUAUGAAUGCUUCAUGAAAGGAUUCGAUCACUUGCACAAGUAUUAUCGGAGCAAUGGUGUCAUUAAUAUUCCUUCUCACCCAAAUCUGCAUACCUAUGGUGUCCCGUGCUCACCGUUCGAUUGGGAUAAUUAUGAGAACAAUAUCGAGUUUGAUGAGAAGCACUACAACUCGCUCAUACAGUCUGGGUUGCUCAACUCGCCGGACAUGGAAACAUGGGAAGUAAUUAACAACGAGAGGAACUACAUCCCGUGCUUGAAAGAUGUGGGGCAUCAAAUAAUGCUGGAGACUCUGCUGCUCGAUAAAAAUAGCAUGUCAUCAGAGAGCGACACGACCAGCUCUGACGAAUGUGAUGACAACAGUGGAGAUGUUAGCGAGGUGGGAAAAGUUGGAACAGUUGGCGCAGUUGACGAACUUCGUAAGGGAGAUGUGCGCGAAGGAAGUGAUUGCAACCUGUCCUCCGCCGACGAGCACAACCUACGGAAGACGCAAAGCGUAGCCGCAUGCGCGCGAUAUGCAGGUGUGCAGCGGAGCGAGUUGGAUGCGACGAACGCAGACCAGAUGGCAAGCUUCAAUGGUAUGCAGUAUGUUGGUAGCCAUAAGGAUGAGGACCCCUAUUGUGGGCAGCUCACCGACGAAAGCGGCAUCGUCAGUGGACGGGAAGAUAUGCCCAACCGGAACGAUGCAGGCACCACUGGUGUGUUCUCCUCAAAGAGGGACUCCUCGACGGAGGCAAACGCGAAGCAGCCUUUGCAUAUUGACGGCAUGUUGAUUGAGGACAAUAAUGUGUGUAGCUCACCAGCAGAGGAGGGCAUGAACCAAACCAAGGAAGAUUACACAAGCAGGAGUGCCCUUAAUCACAGCGGAAAUGAAGAAAGCGAAGGAAAUGAAAGGAAAAUGAACAGUUUUGGCAUUACUUGUAUGGGCAACGAGGGAGACAAGGAUGCGCUUGUGUGCAACGAUGAAGUGAAGCGUGUACAGAGUGGAGAACAACAGACGAGUGGUUUAACCCGCCCGAGUGCUGACUCGAAGGAGAUGAAAGUAAGGACGCCUGCAAAUGGAUGCUCUGGAGAAAACGUCCAGGAUACACAAACGAAUGAGGAUGACAGAAGUGGCAUGUCGAGUAGCCCAAGUAAAAGCGCAACGGCCGAAGUGGACGGUAAGGCCGACACGGAAAAGCACACUCUCCAAGGGGAAACGAAGAAAAUCCAGCCUACCCAGGAAAACGCACUUCAGCUGAAGAAGAAGAAGAAGCGGAAAAAGAAAAAAAUCUACCUACUGGAUGACCAAGUGUGGAACAACAUAAGGGACCCCAACAUCUAUCACAAAAUAAUCACAGGGUGUUGCAUCCCUAACGUAACUGUCUCCCCGAACUAUAACGUAACUUGUUUUAAAAACUCCAAUGUGACGAAUCCGAACAACCAGUUCACCAUAAUGACGUGGAACGUUCUGGCCGAAAUCUACGGCACGGUCGAGGCCUUUCCUCACUGCGACCCGUAUAUGCUCGCCUGGUCCUAUCGCAAGACAAAGAUCAUUCAGGAAAUUUUGAAUAACAGUCCGGACAUCGUCUGCCUGCAGGAAAUCCAGAACGAACACUUCCUGGACUUUUUCAAACCGUCCCUGGGCGAGUUCGGCUACGAAGGUGUGUACAAACAAAAGACGAAGGAAAUAUUUACUUCUCCCUCGGGAAAGAGAAGAGGAGGAAAGUACACCAUAGACGGAUGCGCUAUAUUUUACAACAAAAAAAAGUUGAAGUUUGUGGAGACCUACGCCUUAGAGUUUAGCAAGCUGAUCAAGGAGGCCUCAGUAUUUACAUUGCCAAAGGACAUUCAAAAAAACCCAUCAUUGGUGAAGAGACUGUUAAAAGAUAACGUGGCCUUGGUCAUACUGCUUGAGUACAUACAGCAGUAUUCAAAAAUGUAUGACAAUAAGGAGAACGAAGAGAAGGAAAAACCGAAUAAAAAUCUCAUCAUAGUUGCCAACACUCAUAUUGUAGCAAACCCGGAAGCCAAUUACGUGAAAAUUUGGCAAGCACAAAUAUUGGUCAAAGUCGUUGAAUACUUGAAGAUAAAUUUUAUAAAAAAAUAUGAAACCGUUCCGAGCUUGAUUAUAUGUGGAGAUUUCAACAGUACCCCUUCUAGUGCCGUUUAUCAGUUGAUAUAUAAAAAAAACUGCAGCAGGAGUCAUGAAGAUUUCAGUUCAGACAAGUACAGUUUGCUGACAGAUCUACCCCUUGGCCAUAAUUUAAAUUUGAAGUCAGCUUACGCCGUCUCUAAGUUACUAUCCCAGAAGCUUAGCCCUGAAGAUUAUACUUCAAAUUUGGAGAUCUUCGAACCGUUGUUUACUAAUUACACCGGGAACUUCAUAGGGUGCUUGGACUACAUUUUUUACAAUGACGAAAACUUGAAUAUUGUUUCCACCGUCAACAUUGCUGACGAGAAUCAGCUGAUGCAAGAGGCGCACAUUUACCAGCUGUCUAAUUGCGCCCUCCCGAGUCCCAUUCGCCCCUCCGACCACUUACCUCUCAUCGCCAAGUUCGAGUUCAAGAUUUACUGA